GGGCGGGACGGACGGCAGUCCAGGCGUCGUAUUGGCCUAGAGGACGUCUGGGGCGCGUAAUCCCGCCCCUGGAGCGCCAGGAUAGGAGAUCUCGGAGCUUCACCCCGGGGCUGGAGGAGGGAGGGGCAGGGGGGUGGGGGCGGGGCUCGGAGCCUACGAACUCAGGCCCCGGCCCCGCCCUCGGCCUCGGCCCCGGCCCCGCCCUCGGCCUCGGCCUCGGCCCCGGCCCCGCCCUCGGCCCCGGCCCCGGCCAGGCCCUGGCGAGCCGGACCUGCCCUCUUCCCCCGGGCUGCGGCCUUGAGGCCCCAGGGGCUGCAGAGAUGGAGGCCAGAGGAGGCGCUUGCGGCGGCUCCGCUCCGGCCCCGGAAGCCCCCAGUGACUCAGCGAGGCCUUUCGGGGUUGCCAGUGAUGAGGAGCCUUCGGGGGGCCCUGGCAGCCAGGAGUCUUGUGGACCCCCCAGGGCUGAUGAAGAGGUUCAGGGGGCCCUGCCUGGGCCCGAGGAAGGUGCCCCCACCCACCUAGGUGUACAUGAGCUUUCAGGCCAGACUUCCUUGGACAAAAAAUAUAACAGAGGAACCAAGGACUCAGGAAAGCCAGGUAAAAUGUCUGGCACUGGUGACACCAGUCAAAGAGGGGACUUGCCGACUCCUGGACCUCGAGAUGAUGAGGAUGUGACAGCCGAGGGCUGGCGCAGCAGGCGAAAGCAUGUGUUCGUGCUGAGUGAGGCUGGAAAGCCGAUCUAUUCCCGAUAUGGCAAUGAGGAGGCCCUGUCUGCCACCAUGGGUGUGAUGAUGGCUCUAGUGUCAUUCAUUCAAAGUGGGGACAAUGCCAUCCGUUCUAUCUACUCAGAUGAUCGAACAUUGGUCUUCUUGCAGCAGGGCCCACUAGUGCUGGUUGCGGUGUCCAGGACCCCACAGUCAGCAGCGCAGCUUCGGUGCGAGCUCCUAGGAGUGCAUGCCCAGAUUGUGAGUGUGCUAACUCGGGCUGGUGUGGCCCGAGUGUUUGAGCGCCAGAGGAGCUAUGACUUGCGAAGGCUACUGGCUGGCUCUGAGCGAAUCCUUGACAGCCUGCUGGAUGGAGCCGAGCGAGAGCCAGGGUUCCUGCUGGGUGCUGUGCGUUGCCUGCCCCUGCCUGCCCCAUUCCGGGAUAGCCUAGGUGCCCUCCUGCAGCGGGCCACGGCACCCAGCCUGGCCUUCUCCAUCUUGGCUGCUGGCCGCCACUUGGUCACAGCGGCACAAGAGAGGGCUGUCCUGGAAGACUGCCGCCUUGACCCAGCUGAUCUCCACCUGCUCUUGAACUUGGUGGGAGCCUCUUCUGCCUUCCGGGCUGGGGAGGUCUGGGCUCCAGUCUGCCUGCCCCGAUUCAACCCCGACGGCUUUUUUUAUGCUUAUGUAAGCUACCUGGGUGACAACACUGACUAUGCUAUCUGCCUUGUGCUUCUCUCAACUGACCGUGAGGCCUUCCAUGCCCUGGCUGGCUGUAAGCGGAUAGUUGAAGAGGGCCUGCAGGCCCUGGGGGCCUCUCGGGUUCUGGCUGGUGGUGGAGUAGGGUUACCCUCCUAUGGGGUCAGUGCAGUUGGUGCCCCCGACCUGCGGCACUUCCUCUACAAGCCUUUUGACGUCCCUGACAACUAUCGACAGCUACCACAGUUUACCAGCCCAGAGAUGGAGGGCCCAUAUGCCAGUGAGUGUGAACGACAGAGGCUCUUCGACCUAUACUAUCACUUGCAUGGGCGACUACAUUCCCCAUCCAGACCCCUUCGGCUCAUUUACCAUGUGGCUGAGAAAGAGACCCUGCUUGCUUGGGUGACACCCAAAUUUGAGCUUUAUGCCUGCUUUAACCCACUGGUGACAAAGUCAGGUGCCAUCCAUGCUGUGACUAAGCUCCUUCGUUGGGUGAAGAGAGAGGAAGAUCGCCUCUUCAUCCGUUACCCUCCAAAGUACUCAACUGCCCCUGUCCGCCAUGGGCCCAACAGGACCGACUCUGCCCUGGAGAAUGGCCUUUGAGACUCUGCUAAAAGUCCAUGUCCCUAUGUGCACCUUAGUCUGCUGGCCUGGGGAAUGAGAAGUUGGUAGCUUUAUUGAUUCCUUCCUUAGUUUGUCUUGGGGAGAGUGGGGUGACUACCAGGCCCAUGAGAAGGGCCCCAUUCCCUGCCCAGGGUUUGAAGGAGGGAGGCUUCUCCCUUACUGUUGCUACCUGAAGACCAAGCAGCCUCCCAGGUGUCCUCAGGGAGCUGUAAGGGCUUGUCUCUGUUUCUGUCCAGAAGAGGCAGUUGGGGGUAUGUUUUUUUCCAUGUGUCAGUGACUUUGAGUGUGUGUUGGGGAGGUGGGGGGGCAGGCCUGUCUGGGAGGAUCAAGCUUUUCAUGGGUUGCUAUGAGGCUGUGGCCUUUUGGGUGGCUAUACCAGGCUGUCUCUGGGUGGGCUCAUCUCUCAGCAUGCUGUUCUAUUUGACUGGUUGUCUUCAGUCUGUGUGUGUGAGUCCCUGAGAGGCAUCAUCUGCCUCUUUCCCCUUGGGCUCGGCCAGGAACGGCUUUCCAUGUUCUGAACAGUUCCUCUUGGCCUCAGGGUCCACCAUUGGGCCCUCCCCACCCUCAGCCCCCCUCUGCCUAGCCUUUUGGCACUGACUUUAACAUAUACAGAAAUAAUAAAAUGUUUUAAAAAGAA